AUGGAUAACAUACAAAAUGAUCAGCCGGUCCAAGCACCAUCCGAAGAGACGGAACCUAACGGAAAAGCUACUUGCACCACUCUAACCCCGUUUAUGAAAGCCAAAAUCGAACGAAACAGACAGCGAGCUCUGAUGCUGAGACAAGCAAGACUCGCCAACAGACCUUAUUCAGCUGUGGAAGGAGCAACCUGUGCCAAAGUGGCGAAAAUUGUAGACUCGGGAGCGGGCUUCUUCAUCGAAGAAGAGGAGGAAGAAGAAGAUCAAAGGUUGAAAAAGGUGGUCCAUCAGCCAGCUCCAGUCAUAGAACCCGAGUACCUGGUGUGUGAAGACUGUGGGAAACCUUUUAUGGAUUCCUACCUCAGCAACAGCUUUGACCUCUCAGUGUGUGAUAAGUGCAGGGAUAAUGAAGAGAAACACAGGCUCAUAUCCCGCACCGAGGCGAAACAGAGCUACCUGCUUAAAGACUGCGACCUGGACGUGAGAGAACCGCCCCUCAGAUUCACACUGAAGAAGAACCCUCACAACCCACGCUGGGGCGACAUGAAACUUUACCUCAGACUGCAGGUGGUGAAGAGGGCCAUGGAGGUGUGGGGCAGUGAGGAGGCUCUGGAGGAGGCCAAGGAGACGCGAGAGGAGAACAGAGAAGCGCAGAAACAGAAACGCUUCAACAAGAAAGUCAAAGAGUUGAGACGGGCUGUCCGGAGCAGUAUGUUUAAAAAGGACACCAGCGUUCACCAACACGAGUAUGGACCCGAAGAGCUUGUGGACGAAGAGGAGGACCUUUAUAGGAAAGUCUGUAAGACCAAGGAUCCUACCUGUACCAAUAGCGCUGGACAAACCAGUACAUCACUGGAGGCAAGUACUUCCACCAAUAUUAAUGCCUCUAAAUCUCCAGGGGCCCCACUGUCAUUAAAAAUAUCCCAGCCAAAAUGGGGGUGUGACGACAGAGCAAAACCUAAAAACUCCCUGUCCGAAAACCCUCUCGAACAACCCAACAAAAGCGCCCCCGAAGACUCUGAGAAUUAUCUAACCAUACCUGUUAAAGCGUGUGCUUCGGAAUACAAACCGGCCUCCGUCAGCAUCAAAGCGCCCGUCUCUCUGACAGCUGGCCCUAACCGCUCCGCCAAGGCGAAGCAAAGGGAGACCUCCCAGAAAUCUCUGAAAAGAUCGCCGAUCGUGAUGGAGUCCUGGUCUCCGGAGAGCUCCGCCGCCACCAUCUACCAUCACCCUUUGCCCAUGGCAGUGCACAACACCCAGCCCCAGGUCCUCUGCUUCUCCCCUCCAGCUCCAGCUCUACCAUCAGACUCCCUGCAGCAGACCCAGAAGAAGAUGCUCCUGGAUCCCACAACCGGCCACUACUACCUGGUCGACACGCCGGUCCAGCCAGCCUCAAGGCGGCUGUACGACCCAGAGACGGGGCAGUAUGUGGAAGUCCCCCUACCUGUGCCCUCUCAACCCCUCACACCUGUGCCUCUGUCUGUCUCUCCUCUGGCUAUCAGCCCCGGAGGGGCCUACGGGCCAACAUAUAUGAUCUACCCCGGCGUUCUUCCCCCAUCGACAUCCGUUCCCCCGCACUCUCGUUCCUCCACUUACUCAGAGGGUGACGAGGUCAGCGAGGGGGCAAAGGUGAAGGAGCCUUGCACUGGGAGCGCUUACGCGAGCCAGCAGACGACCUCCGCGCCUGUGGGUCAUACUGGCGUCAGGGGGCCGUCAGGGCCAGCCGGUGGGAAACCGGUGAUCAGUAUUACAUCACAGCAAGGCCCUCGCAUCGUGGCUCCACCCUCUUUCGACGGAACGACCAUGAGCUUUGUGGUAGAGCACAGAUAA